AUGCCGCCGAAAGCUGCCCCUCAGCAGAGGGAAUUCGUCCACCCCGAAGCCGGACAUGCGCGAAAGAAGCCGCCCAGCGCCUUCGCUAUCCAGCCCAUCACCGCCUUCUACUGCUUCUUGGCUGCCAACAUAAUCUCCGCCCUCUUCGCCCCGAUCCAAGACUGCGACGAGACAUUCAACUACUACGAGCCCACCCACUACCUGUCCCACGGAUACGGUCUCCAGACAUGGGAAUACUCCCCGACCUAUGCUAUCCGCAGCUGGCUGUACGUCGGCGAGUUCUACUUCAUCCGAUAUGUCCUGGCCUUUAGCUGUGCUCUGUGCCAGACCCUCCUGUUCCGCGUUAUCAGCCUCACUCUCAACGCGCGAAUCGGUCUCUUCUUCAUCAUGGCCACCGUUUUCAGCCCUGGGAACUUCCAUGCGAGCACGGCCUACCUGCCCUCCAGCUUUGCCAUGUACAUGGCCAUGUUGGGCGCUUCAUCCUUCAUGAACUGGCGCGGUGGUCUGAAGACCGCUCAUGGAAUCUUCUGGUUCGCCGUCGGCGCUGUUGUAGGCUGGCCUUUUGCUGCCGCUCUCGCCACGCCAUUCCUGAUCGAGGAAGCCCUUUUUGCCAUGCUGAGCGACAAGGACCGUUUCAUUGAGGCCAUCAUUCGCGUCACCAGGGGUGUUAUUGCCGGUCUCAUUGUGUUGUUCUUCGAUGGCUGCAUCAACACCUUCUUCUACAAGAAGGUCGAAGUCGCCGCAUGGAACAUCGUCAAGUACAACAUUUUCUCCGAGACUGGUGGUCCCGAGCUGUACGGUGUCGAGCCCUGGGACUUCUACUUCCGAAACCUGGCCCUGAACUUCAACAUCUGGUUCAUUCUCGCCCUUGUUUGCCUACCUCUUUUCCUCUUGCAAAAGAUCUUUUCCCCUUCAGGUCAAGGUUUCCAGACAGGCUUGCGCGCGCUUGUCUUCAUCUCUCCCUUCUACCUAUGGCUCGGCAUUUUCACUCUGCAGCCUCACAAGGAGGAGCGUUUCAUGUACCCCGCCUACCCGUUCCUCGCACUCAACGCGGCAAUGUCCUUGCACAUCCUCCUUGGUGCGAUUGGCAACUCUGACCCAAAGACACUCGUUGGCAAGAUCCCCGCCCAGCUUAAGCUGUUUACGGUCACUUUGGUUCUCCUGCUCUCCAUCGACGUCGGUCUCUCCCGUGUCUACGGCAUCUGGUCUGCAUACUCCGCCCCCAUGAGGCUCUACUCGCCGCUCGGAGCCGGCGUCAGUGGACAGCAGGGGCUGGGUGUCCGAGGCGACAAUGUGUGUUUUGGCAAGGAGUGGUACCGUUUCCCGUCGUCCUACUUCCUGCCCCGCGAUAUGCACGCCAAGUUCGUUCGUUCUGAAUUCCGAGGCCUGCUUCCUGGUGAGUUCUCGGAAGCCCGCACCGGCUUUGGCUUCUGGAGCGGCACUUGGAUGCCCACCAGCGGCAUGAACGACAGGAACGAGGAGGAUAUGGGCAAAUAUGUCGACCACAGAGUCUGCGGUUUCUUGGUUGACACCCAAUACCCGGAGCGGGACGACCCGCUGCCACCCAAUGAGCCCGACUACAUCGCCGACCAGGAGAACUGGGAGAUUGUCAAGUGCAUUCCGUUUAUGGAUGCUGCCAUAACGCCGUUCCUGGCUAGAGCACUCUGGGUUCCGGAUCUGCCUUUCGUCCCUGAGCAGUUCAAGAGGAAGUGGGGUCAACAUUGUCUGCUGAAGCAUAAGAAAUAG